AUGGAAGAUUUUCAACUAUUAGAAACUAUGCUUUACGAACGAUCAAUUGGGUUCUAUUUGUUAGAACCUCAUUUAAAUCGAUUAAUUCAAUCCGCAUCCCAUUUCUCGGAAGAGUUCAACGACAGCUCGUUUGUAAAUUGUACAACGUCAGAAUUUCGAGAAUUUAUCAAAGCUACCUUGCAAGAAUCCGUUAAAAAUAUCGAAGAUGAUAAGAGACGAAUAGUAAGGUUAACGGUAGACAAGCAAGGUGUCCCUAAUGUAUCAAUCUCUGCAUUUCAAACUAUACAAGAACCGGUAAAAAUAACUUUAGACACACAGCCGACACUUUCUUCAAACAAAUUUCUUUAUCAUAAAACGACUAAAAGGGAUUUGUACAAAGAUGCCAGGAUUCGAGUAGGAUUAGAAUCCAAUAAGGACUUAUUUGAUGUAAUACUGUACAAUGAAAAUCAUGAAAUAACCGAAUGUUCAAUAGCAAAUAUUGCCGUAGAGUAUUAUGAUGCAGCAAAUAAUUUGAAAUUCUGGAAAACUCCUCAAAUCGAAUGUGGACUAUUGGGAGGCACAAUGAGAUCUCAUUUAAUAGAAAAUGGAGAUAUUAUCCCCGGUGUCAUAACAUUGGAUGAUAUAAAAUUGGCGCAACAGGUGUGA